AUGUUUCAGGAUAAGCAUAAGCAGCUCGGAUACUCCUUGCUCACGUGGAAACACCGUGCAAUCUGCCUGCGGAAGACGUGGGUCUGCUUCCAGUGCGGUAAACGUUACCUGUGGCGUGGCUCUCUGAAGAAUCACAUACGGGUGGAGUGCGGCAAGGAGCCGGCUUUCAAGUGUCCCGUGUGCGACAGGAGGUUCAAGCACAAGCAUCGCUGGCAAUCGCACGCAAAUUCCGAGACUAAUUAUAAAGAGGAUAGAGACGUUGAGGUAUGUACAGAAGCCGGUGUGUUGGCGUCGAUGUUGUUGUCGCAGCAGAACAAUAGCGACUUGUCGUGGGGCCAAAAUUACGGCGGCUACAAGCCUAGGAAUACCCGACGGAAGAACCCGAACGACGCCAAAUACGCGUGCAACAGAUGCGGCAAAACGUACAAGGCCACGACGUCCUUGAGCCGGCACAAGCGGCUCGAGUGCGGCGUUAUGCCUUGUGAGGUGUGUCCUCUCUGUGGCCGCAGAUUCAAGCACAGAUUCGUCCUGAACGCCCAUGUCGUCGGUUGCGAGAGGAGAAUGAAUCAAGCGGUGCGAAAGAAGGACUACGAUUAA